UUUAGUAUAGCUACGUGUGGAGGCCGUGUGGGAAAAACCGCACUGUAUUUAUAGCAAAUUGAACGGGCUCUCGUUCACUUUUCGCCAUCAUGUCGACUCUGAAUGUGCUAAUCAUCAUUUCUGCGGUGAUCUCUGCGGUGUUGGCCUUUUCAAGUAACAAAACCACCAGAGCAAUUAUGGACGAAUGGAAGGAGCGCACGAAGGAGGAACAUCCAGAAUGCCUAAAAUCGACGGGGGUCAAGGAGGAGUACGUGAAUCAAUAUUGGGAGUCGGUCGAGAUGGUCGACGAUGAGAAUUUCAAAUGCUACCUUUGGUGCGUGUUUAACGGAUUUAAGCUUAUGAAUAAUGACGGUAACGCCAACAAGGAGCUUGUCGUGCAAUAUGUAGACAGAAUGACCUCCGAAAUAGUGGAAUUCUGCACUGCAAAGAUUGACACUAAGACCGACAAGUGCGAACGUGUCUAUGAACUGGUCUAUUGUGGCACACGCUACCAUCACAUUUACGUUUAAGCAGUUUUCUGCAAAGUAUGUUUAGAUCAGUUGAAUGGCGACUAUUUGUUUAUAAUAAAGUCCAAUGAAUUAUUU